AUGGACAAUUCAAUACCCCUCACGUUAGAGGAAUUUAAAGUUAGAAUUUCAAAGAUCUCUGAAGCUGAACUACAAGAUCAAAAACAAGAACAAAGGUCAUUACUUUUACACCUUGUUGAAACCAACAAUGAGUUAGAUCUGGAGAUCCACCUACUUCACAGGAAAGAAAUAAAGACCAACGAGGAUUUGAAUGAUAUAAAAUUUUAUAAGGAAACAGUUCUUGAAAAUAAAGGCGUUAUUCUAGAUAAAGUUGCUCGAAUUUCGGCCAUCAAUGACGAGUUAGUAGCCCGAGGUAUUUUAGAUGAAAAGAUGAAAUCAGACGAAGAGGAGAAAUUGAUUAGCGAGGUUGUCCAAAAAGACAUCACAAAUGUAUGCGAUAAAAAGGAGGAAACAAUCGAUGUUCCAGAAACAAAUGAACAAGAAUCUGAAGAAGGUGUAUACUUAUAG